AUGUUUCGAAGCGCCAAGCUCAAGAAGAACAAACGUCGACGCGUCACGAAAGAUGAAGACGAAUCGAGCACUAAUCGACCCUCUACCGAUGAGGAUCUAAGUCUUGUAUCUACUGUCUCUAAUCGACGCUCGAUCAAUACCUUCUCGACUGGAGGCAUGAAAAAGGCCAAGAACGUAGUCCAGAAGCAGUUAAUCGAGUCAGAGCGUGAAAUUGUGCCACAACAAUAUGCAGGUGAUGCUACCUAUGAGACCCAAAUCGAUACGGAAAAAGACCGUGAUGCACGAGCUGUGAUGGAGCGAAGUAUUAAGGCAAAUCAAGAUGGUAGUGCUGAUGUGGAUAGUGGAAAAGUGUAUCGAGGCCAAGCUGCUUACAAGAGCUACAUUACUAAGAAGGAGUCGCAAAUCGGCAUGAACAAAUACACGGGGACACAGGGCCCAAUCCGAGCUCAGACCUGGGCACGGGCGAUCUCGCGUUUCGACUAUCAGCCUGAUAUUUGUAAAGAUUACAAGGAAACGGGAUUUUGCGGCUACGGAGACAGCUGCAAGUUUCUUCACGACCGUAGCGAUUACCAAAGCGGGUGGCAGAUUGAGAAAGAGUACGCAGAGAAGGAAAAGAAACGGCAGAAGCGGCUCGAAGCGGGGCAAGACCCUGAUGAAAUAAGUGAUGAGGAAGACAAGAAUAAGGUCAAAAGAAGCGCUGAAGAGCAAUUUGCUUGCACAAUCUGCCGUGGACCCUUUUGGAAUGCUGUGGAGACAAUUUGCGGCCAUUUCUUUUGCGAAGCGUGCGCGCUGAAGCAUUUUAAGAAAUCUUCACGGUGCUUCAACUGCAAAAAACAGACCAAUGGCGUUUUCAAUGCUGCUGAAAAGCACCGAGUAAAAGAGCAAGAACAGCAUGCAGGCGCAGUUGAGACAUCAAAUAGCACUAUAAUCUCAACGAUAGAUGCAGAGGAUAACACCGACGGACACUGGACGAAAGUCGCAGAAUCGUCGUAG